GCUGCCGCCGGAGAGAGAAGAGUAGAGCGAGACAAAUAAUCUUUGGAGCGAGAGAGAGAGGAGCGGGAGGAGAAAGAGGAGAGAGAGAGAGAGAGGGGAAAAAAAAGAGAAAGAGAGAAAAAGAAAGAGCGAAAGAAAGAAAGAAAGAAGGAAGGAAGGAAGGAAGGAAGGAAGGAAGGAAGGAAGGAAAAGAGAGACGGAGACAGAGAGGGGAGGCUGGGGUAAUGGCUCUGGCUGCGGCCGCCGGCAGCCCAGUGCAGGCAGAGGUGGUGCAGUUUAAAGUUCCCAGCGGAAACAGCAAGACGUUGUUUGUAUGUAACAUUCCCCCCAAGCUAUCGGAGGCCGCAGUUUAUAGUUGCAUUUUCAACACGUUUUCCGAACACGGGCUUGUCUACUUUUUGCGAGUGAGCAGGAAUGCGGUGGUGGCUCAGCCGGGGUAUUACGCUGUGGUAAAAUAUUAUUCAGCUCUGAGCGCCAGUAGAGCACAGACGGCUACGAACGAGCAGUGUUUGUUUCAAGAGAUUCCUUUGAAGGUUCGGAUGUGCACAAAGCAGCGAUUCUGGAAGGAAUUUCAAGACCACCAACUAUCUUUAAAUAGCAUCAAAUGUCAGGAAUUGGCUAAUUACUACCUUGGUUUCAACGGAUGGUCCAGUCACAUAAUUGGGCUGCAGAAGAUUUCUGGUACAGAUGGAUGUGAAGAAAGCGCUCAAGAAAUGGAGCAGUCAGAGAGGAAGAGCAUAAAAUAUCUUUGUAUUAUGGAAAUUAAAUUCAAAAAUUACGACAUGUGUUGCAGAGGUAUUGGGGUUUCUGAGGUACUUGAAACCCAGGAUGCCACAGAUCCACUGAAUUAUGCACUAUUACUUGGAAGAACACAAAAGUCUGCAAUGCAGAAAGCUUUAUCAGAUGCAUUCCAGAAGGUGGUUCUUGUUGUCCUGGGAAAUGGGAAGGUUUCUCUACAGUGGAGCUCAGAACAGGAUGAAGUGGACCACUUCACAGAGGAGGAGCUUCAGACACAAUUGCAGGUAAAUAACAUUUCGUGGAGUCAGUUUGAACACGAGGGCCAGGAAGAAAUUCUUUCAGAUCUCAGUUUUAAUGCUGAUUCUAUGGGAGGAAUUGGAACGUGAGGAACUUCUGAGAUCCUUGGACAAGUACCAGUAUAGAAUCAACCUUGCUUCUGUUUUAUGAAAAGUUGACAAAAAUGUAAUGCUGAAUAGUGAGUUGUAUUUAAAUAGAAGAAACACUAAUUCACUUUACCUUGCCUUUGGAAUUGUUGCGUUGAGUGUAUUCAUUAAAAAAAAACACGGCAAUAAAUGGUUAGAAGUGAAUGAAGGAAAAUGCUUGUAUUGCACCAUG